AUGCCUCUCAAACUCCGUGGCUCGCUCCCCAAGAGCCUGCCACACGCGGGAGACUCAAGUACGAAACGAAUACCACAUUGCCCAUCCUGCGCCGUCUCCGUCACCCAACGCCGAACCCUCCUCACGCGUCGAGCUCUCUCCUCUCCACGAACCCGGACGCAAUCCCAGUCCCAAUUGCGAAUCCAAUCGCGUAUACCGCGCCUCGAUGUAUCUCUCCAACCCCUUUCAAAGGCAAACACAACGCACAAAUCCAAUUACUCGACCUCUCCCUCAACAGCACACACAGCCCGCCAUGUCCCUCCUCGAUUACGCGAGCUGUACGAAUCGCUUGCGCGGAUUCAGGCCAUUGCGCCGGAACAAGUGAAUCUCAGUCGAGUUCAACUUGCCCUUAGGGGGCUAGAGACGGAGGAGCCGCUUAUUCGGGUUGCGGUCCUGGGAUUGAACGAUGUUGCGUCGGCGAGGAAGCUCGUGCGGCUUUUACUGGCUGAUCCGCUAAAGGGGAGGGAGGAUUGGGAGGAUAUGUUGGAUAACGUUUCGGGAGAGAAUGGGGAUGAUGAGCUGGAGAGAGGGCUGUUGAUUCGAUACGGAGAGGUAUCGGAGAGCAUAUCGAACCACCUCGUGCCUACAAUCUCGGUUCCGUCGCCAAUUCUGAAGAAGGGGAAUAUCGAGAUAUUGGUUACGAGUCUCGGUGCGGGAGCAGACAUUUCGGGUGCCAAUGCCGGUGCGCAGCUUACGGCGGAUACGUUCCUUGUUCCCACCGUGACGAUCCAGACGUCGCAUACGGGUCGGCAUAAUAUGGUGCGCUACCCCGUGCACAGGAGCAUUGUAUGCGCCGAAGGAGUCGAUGGGUUACUUGCUUACUGCAGGUUAAUCGCCCAAGCGGAUCUAGGAAAGGAAGCUAGUUCGGUCUACGCGGCUGUCGAGGUGGGGGUUUCUGGGCCUCGUCUAAACAAUGAUCGGAUUGCGUUUGUGGAUAUAAACAAGGCGGAGGAGGCGCUGGCCAAGUUUCGCGAAUCUGUGCAGAACGCGAUACUUUACGAGCGCGGGUGGACUGGUAGUGGAGUUCAGCCGAUUGUGGACUGGUUAUCGUCUCCGCGAGGUGAGGAGGGAUCUUUGGAUCCGUCCUUGAAGUCGCUGAUAACAUCUCUGGUUGACUCUGCGGAGCAGGCUGUGGUGAAGGAGGAGAACAGGAGAGUGCAGCAGGUUGAGGAGGGUUCUGUUGCUGAAGAGGUCCGAGAAGGCUUGGAUAGGGCUGUCUCUACAUGGGCUGAGAACGCACAUACGGAACUACGUGGCUCCCUUGAGGAAGGGUUCGCCACGAAAAAGUGGCGCGGUCUAGCAUGGUGGAAACUGUUCUGGAGAGUUGACGAUGUCGGCAUGAUCACGUCCGAGAUAUUGGAGAAGAAGUACCUGCGCGGCGCUGAAAAUGCGGUGAUCUGGACCGCGGGUCAACUCGAUCAAGCCGGCUUGCGAGUAUACGAGAAAGAAGAGACGGUCGCCGACCCUGCUCGUGCAGAUAGCUCGGCCAGCGCCAGCAGUGGGAACGUCGCCGUAGCUAUCGUGGAGCAGGCCCCGAAAGAGGAGCAAGUGCCGUGGCCCACGCAAAUCUCGAAAAGCCGCGCGCGCCUCCUCGAGAGCACAGUGCCAUCGCUCCAGGCUUUGGCACAGCGAUUAGUGCUCUUCAGCCUGUCCACGACCUCGCUGACCUCGGCUCUAUCAGUCCUAACCUAUGUCUCACUCCCAGCGUCCUCGAUAUACGAAACUUGCACCAUCGCGGCCGCCGGCCUCAUCUAUUCCUUGCGCCGGCAGCAGCGGAAGUGGGAUGUCGCGCGAACGUUCUGGGAAGAAGAGGUGCGCGAGCAAGGCCGCGCCGCCCUCCUCGAGACGGAAGAGCAGCUUCGCACAACUCUGCGAGAUGGCGGGAAGAGCCAGGUCGACGUAACCGCGCACGAAGCCCGCAAAGCCAUCACAGAUGCCCGGGAAGCGCUCGGCAAUGUACACUAG